UAUGCGGCUGCUCUGCAGUGAGGCCAGAGCCACCCCUCUUCAUUUUUUUCCCCGGCAAAAGCAGACAGCAGUGGGCAAAACUCCGCAGGGGAUGUAGAAACUGGGGUGAAAGGGUCUGAGCGUCAGGGCAGGGGGUGGCGAGCGAGCAACCACGUGUGUACGUGUCAGGGUUAGAAAUCGCUGCUCCGCCGGGCACGCCGGAGGGGACGGCAAAAGACGCAGAGAAAAUCAGUUGCCGCCGCUGUUUCCAAAACCCCGAGCGAGCGCUCCUGCUCGCCGUCGCUUCCAAGAAACGGAGAGAACCGAGGAGGAAAAUUGCGGUGAUUCAUCGCGGGCAGAUCGGAGGCAGGAAAUGGGAGUUUGCUGCCUGCCCCGUGCCCGGCGUGGGCUCCGUGGGCUCGGGCUCGCCGGGGCCUGGGCCUGACACCCACGGGUCGAGCAUCCCUGCGCCGCGGCCGGAGCGGCCGGAGGAGCCACCGGCAAAGGAAAAACAAGCGGCGGAGGCCGAGAGCCGGAGCAACGGGAAUUUUUCACCUGCGUUUCUCCGGAGCCAUCCGAGCUAGAGCUGCCCCACCCGCACCCUGAAGGGCUCUGGAUAACUCAGAUGUGGCAUCAGAGUAGCUUAACCCCGUCCUGAUUCAGCCUUCACGCCCAAGCCCCGCUGCCAUGAAGAAGAAGCCGGGCAAUGGGCGGGGGCCGGACCCUGCGGCCCCCCAGCAGCGAGCCCGGUCUGUCACCAAGCCAGCGGAGUACGUGGGAUCCUUCACGGUGGAGGAGCUGGACCUGCAGCAGCGAGCGGGGCGAUUGGAGGAGCAGCUGCGGGCGCUGAAGGACUGUCCCAGGAGGAGGUCGGUGGUGCUGAGGUUCAGCUUGCAGGGGCUGAAGGUCUACAGUGCUGAUGGGGAGACGCUGCUGAUGGCACACGCACUGCGCCGCAUCCUGUACAGCACCUGGAGCCUCCCCGACCGCCAGUUCGCCUUCGUGGCCCGCAACCCCCACAGCCCCCCCAAGCCCCCAGGCCGCUCUCACAGCCUGUCCGUGCCCCAGGAGCGACGGCCGGAGGCGGAGGGCAGAGCCUGGCGCCCGGGCAAUCCCUACUGCUCCCCAGUGCUGGUGCGCAAGAAAGCCAUUCGGAGCAAGGUGCUGCGCUCGGGAGCCUACCGGGACUGCGGCGGCGAGGGGCAGCUCCACCAGCAGCCCCGCGACGCCGGAGGGGAAAGCAAAGGGGCGAGGAGCUUGGCCUUCCUGCCCGAAAACGAGAGCGUCCUCGCCGAGAGCGUGUGGGCCUUCGCCGGCAUCGCCAGGGCCGCCGGGGUGGCGCUGCUGCGGCGGGACGUGCCCGGUGCUUUCCUGCUGCGCCCCGAGCCGGGGCUGCCCAAGCGCUGGUGCCUGUGGGUGCGGGCGCCCUGCGGCGUCGUGUCCUACGGGCUGGUCAGGACACACCAGGGCAGGUUCUGCGUGGAGCACUCCAAUGCCGAGUUCGCCAGCGUGGCCGCCCUCCUGGCCCACUACUCCGGGCCGCCGGGCGGCUGCUUCUGCCGCCUGGGCCCCGGCCGAUGCAACCCCGGCUACGAGGAGCGGGACCCCGGCGGCGGGGCCGGGGCCUCCCUGGCUCGGGGGUCCUUCCCCGGCGUGCCCCCCCAGCGGGUGCAGAUCCGCAGGGUUCGGCUGCCCCGGCCUCUUCCCCGCCCCCGGCGCCCCCCGGUUCCGCCGAUGUGUGUCGCUGACCCCCGUGUGUGUGUCACUGACCCCGUGUGUGUGUCGCUGACCCCCGUGUGUGUGUCGCUGACCCCCAGUGUGUCACUGACCCCCGAGUGUGUGUCGCUGACCCCCGUGGUGUGUGUCGCUGACCCCCGUGAGUGUGUCACUGACCCCGUGGGUGUGUCGCUGACCCCCGUGUGUGUGUCGCUGACCCCCAUGUUUGUGUGUCGCUGA